UUGAGCACGAGCCCCUGCCAGUGGGGGCCUGCUAUAUAGCAUACUCACAUUAGCUUCCGGUCUUUCAUGAAGGGCUAAUGGAAGACGCAAGGGAUUUGGCUGAGCGCACUUCACGGUCAGAAAGGAAGCGAAGAGACUCGUUUGGCAUGUUUGACGGGUAUGAGAGCAGCGAGGAGUCGAGCAGCAGCUCCAGCACUGAGGACAGCGAGGAUGAAGAGCGCAGUCUUCCUGCCGGUCUGCCCAUCAUCAAGAACAACGGACAGGUGUACACCUACCCGGAUGGAAAAGCUGGCAUGGCGACUUGUGAAAUGUGUGGAAUGGUCGGGGUCCGAGAUGCUUUUUACUCCAAAACAAAGAGGUUCUGCAGCGUCUCCUGCUCCAGAAGUUAUUCGUCCAACUCGAAAAAAGCCAGCAUAUUGGCCAGACUUCAGGGGAAACCACCAACAAAAAAAGCAAAGGUCUUACAGAAACAGCCGCUCAUGGCAAAAUUGGCAGCUUAUGCACAGUAUCAAUCGAAUCAGCAGAGCCCAGCUAAAUCAAAAUCAGCUAUUCCUGUCGAGGGCUUCGACUGGGGUCGGUACAUUUGUAGCAAUAAUAUGAUCGGCGCUCCAGUGAGCUGUUUCAAACACGUACCCAUGGGUUUAUUCUGGGGUGACAUUACUGAGGGUGUGAGGGUCGAGGUUCUCAAUUCUGACACAAACCUCUCCACCAAAGUUUACUGGAUAGCAGGGAUUGUUAAACUGGCAGGUUUUAAAGCACUUCUCCGAUAUGAGGGAUUUGAUAACGACUCGAGCCAUGACUUCUGGCGUAAUCUGUGUGUCCCAGAAAUCCAUCCUGUCGGGUGGUGUGCCUCGAAUGGUAAACCCCUCGUACCUCCUAAAUCGAUCCAGCAUAAGUCCUCUAACUGGAAAGUGUUUCUCGUGAAGCGACUCACCGGGGUGAAAACUCUUCCCCCUGACUUUGCUAAAAGGGUGCAGGAGGGCACGCAAUACCCGUUUAAGAAGCUGAUGCGUGUGGAGGUGGUGGAUAAAACCCACCUGUGCCGGACGCGUGUAGCUCUGGUUGAGCAGGUGAUCGGGGGCCGACUGCGACUCGUCUACGAAGAGAGCCAGGACGGUUCUGAUGACUUCUGGUGUCACAUGUACAGCCCACUCAUCCAUUGCAUCGGCUGGUCGAGGAGCAUCGGGCACCGCUUUAAAAGAUCUGAGGUGUCAAAGAAAAUCGAGGGUCUGAUGGACGCCCCUUCCCAGUUAUUUGUCAAGGUGAGGGAUGUAGACCAGAAUGGCGAGUGGUUUAAAGAUGGCAUGAAGCUUGAAGCAAUAGACCCUCUCAAUCUCUCAGCUAUAUGUGUCGCUACUGUAAGAAAGGUGUUGGCAGAUGGGUACCUCAUGAUUGGGAUCGACGGCUCAGAAGCAGCAGAUGGCUCCGAUUGGUUUUGCUACCACUCCACCUCUCCCUCCAUUUUCCCGGUGGGCUUCUGUGAAAUCAACAGCAUUGAGCUCACGCCUCCGAGAGGGUACAAUAAACUGCCAUUCAAAUGGUUUGACUACCUCAGAGAAACAUGUUCAAUAGCAGCCCCUGUGAAGCUCUUUAACAAAGAGGUCCCGAAUCACGGCUUCCGCGAAGGCAUGAAGCUGGAGGCGGUGGACCUAAUGGAGCCACGUCUGGUGUGUGUAGCCACCGUGACCAGGAUCGUCCACAGACUCCUGCGCAUUCAUUUCGAUGGCUGGGAGGACGAGUAUGACCAGUGGGUGGACUGUGAGUCUCCAGACCUUUACCCUGUAGGCUGGUGUCAAGUCACCGGCUACCAGCUCCAGCCACCUGCCGCACAGACCACGAGGGAAGCACCGCCUAAUGUGACAAAGCAGAAAAAGAAAGCUCCACAGUACAAAGGACAGAAGAAAAAGGCCACGCUGCAGAUAAAGGAGGAGACUCCAGAGGUGGACAAGUUCACCUUCUCCCAGGGCACAUCAGACCAAGAGAGCAACGGCUCGGGCGGUUACUACAUCAAACAGGAGCCGUGAGCAUCAGCCCUGCUGGAGCCUUACCUCACUGCCAACAGCACUGGAAAAUCCCGUUCAGAACGACACACACACACACACACACGUGGCCUGGGAGAACAGGGUGACCUUACUUCCUCUUGCACGCCAGGUCCUUUUCUUUUCAGGGUCACAGGGAACCUGGAGUCGACCCCCUGGAGCAUGGGCACAAGGUGGGGAACAAACUGGACAUGGUGCCGACCCACCACAUGGGAAAAUCACACACAUGCACACACUACGGAUGAUUUGGACACGCCACUGAGUGUACGAUGCAUGUGUUUGGACUGGGGGAGGAAACAGGAGUACAGGGAGGAAACCCCCUCAGCAUGGGGAGAACACGCAAACUCCGUGCACACACAUGGCCAUGGUGGGAUUCAAACUCCGAGUCCCAGAGCUGUGAGGCAAACGUGCUCACCACUAAGCCCCCAAGCCCCUUUGCAUUAAUUAGGAGAAGGAAAAAAAAAAAAAAAAAUGUACACAAAAAUGACAAAUUUCAUCAUCAGGUCUUUGAACACAGCAUGCUUUCUAUAAGCAGUUGUGUCACUUCCAGUGCUUGGUCGGAGAAAUCCUUGCUACCUGCUCUGAAAAUCCUCAUAAACUCAUCAAAUCCACUGCAUGCAGAUUCACUUGAGCUGCUUUUCCUAGGAAGAAACCAGGAAUGACAUUUUUCCUACAGGGCAUGAAUGCUGCAUAACACUCAAACCCAGGCUCAUUCAUCAACGUGCAUUUAGUGUCGAUCUGUAAAUAAAACCCAAGCAGACGAUAGA